AUGGGUGUUCUGUCAUCUCUUGUCACUCUUUUGGCGACUACCACCAGCAGUCUUGACCAACCCGUAACAAAUGGCCUGUCCCUUCUGGGUACCCUGGGAGCCCACUCGCUGCCCAAAUUUCUGUCAGACGUGCGACUAGUUGACGGCUCUCCAUGGGGAGACCAUAAUUGCACAAAUACCAACCCAUACAAAGCCGCCCCUGAUACUGGUGUGGUCCGAAAAUACGACUUCACUAUCUCACGCGGGAUCCUUUCACCUGACGGCUAUGAGAGGAGUCUACUGCUGGUUAACGGGCAGUAUCCCGCCCCGACCAUUGAAGCUAACUGGGGAGACACUAUCGAGGUGACCGUGACCAAUAACAUCACUGGUGUUGCCGAGGGCACCUCCGUCCAUUGGCAUGGCUUUCUGCAGCAUCAAAGUCAAUGGAUGGAUGGCACACCCGGAUUCACGCAGUGCCCAAUAGCGCCGCAGAAGACGUUCACCUACCAGUUUCGAGCAGAACUGUUCGGUACUUCAUGGUACCACGCCCAUUAUUCUGCGCAGUACACCGACGGCGUCGUCGGCGCAGUUGUUGUAUAUGGGCCUACUCCAAAAGACUACGACAUUGACAUUGGCCCAAUCCUUCUCUCGGACUGGUAUCAUGUCGACUACUACACGACAGUCAGGAGCCUUACCGCCGCCCGACCCGGACUUCCCCCACCCCAGCCGACGAGCGACAAUAACCUGAUCAAUGGCAAGAUGAACUUUGACUGCUCUGUGGCUACCAACACGUCCGUCAAAUGCUCUAGCAACGCUGGUCUCUCCAAAUUCAAAUUCCAGUCCGGCAAAACACACCGGCUGCGCCUGAUCAACACUGGGGCAGAUGCCAGCCAACAAUUCUCAAUCGACAAUCACACCAUGACAGUGAUCGCGAACGACUUUGUGCCUGUACAGCCGUAUAAUACCACUGUCGUAACUCUAGGUAUCGGCCAACGAACCGAUGUCAUUGUCGAAGCUGACGGGGAUUCCCACGAGGCAUACUGGAUUCGCAGCAACGCCACCUGUGCCAAAGCAAACCAGCCAUACGCGCUGGCCGUCCUCUACUACGAGAAUGCAGAUGUUGAUGGCCUGCCAAAGUCGUCGCCCUGGAAUUCGCCUAGUAUAGGUUGUGCCAAUGACCCAUUGGAGACGACUGUUCCGAUGUAUGCGAUUAAUCCUGGCGAGCCCGCAGAAACCACGACCCUCAACAUGACGGUCGGCCAGAACGCGACCGGCCAUUGGUUGUGGUACAUGAACAAUUCGUCCUUCCGGACAGACUACAAUCAGCCGGUCCUUCUGCUGGCGGAAGGCGGAAACACGUCUUAUCCAGACUCGCCGGAAUGGAAUGUGGUCAACACCGGUUCCGCGUCUUCCUACCGGUUCAUCGUCAAUAACGACACACCAACGUCUCAUCCGAUGCACUUCCACGGACACAACAUGUACAUUCUGGCGGUUGGCACAGGAGUUUGGGAUGGAACAAUAGUUCGACCGGACAAUCCGCAACGACGGGAUGUUCAAAAUGUACCCGCCAACGGAUACCUGGUCUGGCAAGCGGAUGCGGACAAUCCAGGCACUUGGCCUUUCCAUUGUCACAUCGCCUGGCAUGCCUCAACAGGACUGAGUGUGGAUAUUCUCGAGAACCCGGGCCAGAUUGAGCACUUGGCUAUCCCAGAGGCGUCGUAUCAGUUGUGUCAGGAAUGGCAGACUUUCUCUGCUACAGGCCAGGUUGAUCAGAUUGACUCGGGGCUUAGACUAUGA